GAUUUUAUCCCAUAAUGUUAGAGGAGGAGAGGGCAUUUCAAGAACCUGUAUUUCAUCUCUCCUGUACAAAUUGCAAUCCACGUCAAAUUUCCUCAGCUCCAAUUUUCCCAAUUUUCCUAUUUUGAUAAAAUUCAUACAAAUUUUUUUGCUUAAACUUUGCAUUUGAAAAUGGCGAAUUCUGAGGAAUCAAGCCCCCUUUUGCCAAACCAACAAGAAGAACAAAUGAUGCAGGCUGAAAUGAAAUCCGGGGUCACCGCUAAAACUACAGCUCCUCCGCAUGUAGAGGCGGUGAAACAAUCGCAUACGGAGGUACCGAUGGGCUGGCCUGCUGAUGGGCUGCCUCUGAGCGUGAUGGGUGAGCCCAUGGCCAUGAUGCAUAGGGCACAAUGGGACUCCGGCCUCUGUGAUUGUCUUGGAAGGAACGAUGACUUCUGCAGCAGCGAUCUUGAAGUUUGUUUAUUGGGUAGUAUGGUCCCUUGCGUGCUCUAUGGAAGCAAUGUCGAGAGACUUGGAGACACUCCUGGUACUUUCAGUAAUCACUGCUUGCCAUACACUGCUCUUUAUUUGCUUGGGAAUUCCUUUUUUGGCUGGAACUGUCUCGCACCCUGGUUUUCAUAUCCAGUACGUUCAGCCAUUCGCCAGAAGUUUAACCUAGAGGGAAAUUGCGAGGCGCUUGCUAGAUCCUGUGGAUGUUGUGGAAGCUUUAUGGAGAAUGAUGUUCAACGUGAGCAAUGCGAAUCUGUCUGUGAUUUUGCAACUCAUGUCUUCUGCCAUCUAUGUGCCCUUUGCCAGGAAGGUCGUGAGGUUCGUCGCAGGCUCCCUCAUCCCGGGUUUAAUGCUCAACCAAUCUUGGUCAUGAUUCCGCCUGGGGAACAGGCCAUGGAUCGUGGGGUGUAAUGUAAUUACGCGCUGGGCGUACAGGGUUUGCAUAUUCGUAUUGUUUUGAUACUAUUUUUUUGAACUUGUGUUGAAAUGUAUAAUGAAUUUAUGUUUUAGUCAAUUAAUUUGUCAAGUGAAAAAUGUUGAUACUGUAUUGUCUCUGUUUAAAACGUGUAAAGUUACUUCUGAAGAUACUUGUGCAUGUUUGGAUAUUAUUUCUAACUAGUUUUUGAACCUGUUUGAAUAAA